AUGCAAACACUAGUAUAUGAGGGGUUGUGUGAAAAUAAUUUUUCUCUCGCUGAACCACAAAGACAUAGACUCAAACAGCUUCUUUUGGACAUACUGGCUUCCUUCUAUCUUCUCUUUCUUGUGGAUAUUAUGGCUAAUAACACAAGUUUAGGGAGUCCAUGGCCAGAAAACUUUUGGGAGGACCUUAUAAUGUCCUUCACGGUAUCCAUGGCGAUCGGGCUGGUCAUUGGAGGAUUUAUCUGGGCACUGCUAGUUUGUUUGUCUCGAAGAAGAGCCAGCGCUCCCAUCUCCCAGUGGAGUUCGGGCAGGCGAUCGAGGUCCUCACACACCCACGGCCUCAACAGAACUGGGUUUUACCGCCACAGUGGCUGCGAGCGCAGAAGCAACCUCAGCCUGGCCAGUCUCACUUUCCAGCGACAAGCUUCCCUGGAGCUAGCCAAUUCCUUCCCGAGAAAGUCGAGCUUCAGGGCUUCUACUUUCCAUCCUUUCCUGCAGUGUCCACCGCUUCCUGUGCAAACUGAGAGUCAGCUGGUGACUCUGCCUUCUUCCAAUGCAUCCGCCCCUGUCAACACGGCCCACGGGCUGAGCCGACCAGACUUCCACUGGUCCAGCAGCAGCCUCCGGGUGGGCUUCUCCACCCCGCCGCCGCCUGCCUAUGAUUCCAUCAUAAAGGCAUUUCCAGAUUGCUGAGUAGGGUGCUCUCUUUCUUUUCCUUUUUCCUUUAUAGUUUUUCCCUUUUUGUUUUUCUAUUGAGAGGAAAUCAUAAAUAGGCUAAACAGUUUUUUGAGGGCUUGGUCCAAAUGACCAACGAGUUUCCAACUUGAAUAUGCUCACACAGGCUAGGCAAUACAAUGUAAAACACAUUUUCUUUGGACACAUUUUUUUCCAUUUAUUUCUUGCCAAAAAAAAAAAUAUUUUUCCCCAAAUAGUUAUAUAUUUAUAUACACUUGCAUUUUAUGUGAGGCCUAUUAAUUAUAGUGAUUCUAAUCUGUGAAUCCUCUAUGAUGUAAUAUAUGUUUUAGAUUAAAAUAAAAACUUCAGAGAUGUGUAGUUUGCAAUCCUCAUUCUCUUUCCCAUAGGACUGUAAAGAGAAAAAGUCACUGUGUCACUGUUUUAAAAAAAUCUUCCAGCCUAAGGAUUUUAGUUUUACUUCCUUUAGGAUGACAAUUGGACCACAGAGUAUUUUACAAUCUUGGAUUUUUUUAUGCAUUUACAUGGGCACAAAAUGGCAGAACAUUGGAGACUCUUAAGUUCCUUGACUCCAUUCAUUUAUAAGUGAGAGAAUCAAAGAAAGUUGAAUUCCGUUGGUGCUGUCAGAUGCUCCAAUUUUUGACACCCUUUCUUCCAAGCUAUGGUGUUUAUCUCCUCAAUAAUUAUCAUAUUAUUGAAGCAAAAAUCCUUGACUUUUUUAAAAUAAGGAUUUAACUUCUUCACCAUUGAAGUGAUGUUGUUAGAGAAAGAACAACCACACAUUCAAUUAAUUUGAUCUAAAAGCAAACUGGAUUUGGCAUUGAGCUCACAUUUACCUUAAGGGAUUAAUUUUCUUUCUCAGACUUGGAUCUAGCAAGUGGAAAAGCACUUUAUCUAGUGAUCUUCUCUUGUAACUUUGCAGACAAGUAAGGAUGAGUCACUGGGAGAUAGUCCGUUAUCAAAGGAGAUGCUACAACCCUGGAAAAUUCUUCUUCCUGGAUUGGUUCUUAGUCAUUAGGCAUCAACUCCUGUUUGCUUCUCUAUGAAUUACAAUCACAUCUUCUCUGAAGAGUCUUUGUGGAAGGGUGUUCUUUAAGCCAUGUGGUGUUCUUUAAGGAGUCCUUGUCUACAGUGUCCACCUGUGUCCAAGAAGGGAUAUCCUUAAAUGUGGGCACCAGAGAGCUUCAGUGAACAGAUGUCAGUGGCUGCCCUUUGCAUGUAAGGACAGGAAAUCACUGGAGUAUCAUUCAAAAACUUUGUGGUGCAUUUCUGAAUAAGAAAAUUGUAUGUAGGUAUGUUGCUCUGGACUUUGGGACUUUUAAUAAAGAAAAUAUACUCUCAUUUUAGCUUUUGAAGCACAGUGGUUAUAGCUAAUUCAUAGUGUCUAAACAUAGCUUGAGAAUGUAAAAUGUUUUAUAUAGCAAAAGAUUCCACAUAGCAUUUUUAUUAAUUUCAUAUAAUUUUUAUUAUCCAUUAUUCCUCAAGGGAAAAUUUUCUCCCUAAUGUCUAUAGAAAGAUGCUCUCUAAUUAAAUAUGCAUACAAAGAAAGAAGGAAAGAAAGAAGGAAAGGGUAAAGAGAGAAAGAAGAAAGCAAAAAAAAGGAUAUUCAAUUUCUUAUAAAUGGGUUUUUUAAUAUGGAAAUAUAGAAGUUGCAAUACAGCCAAGUAAGAUUUCAGGGGAACUUUAUCUUAGUAACAAGUCUCUUUUAACUUUCAAGUCAUUCUUAAUGUUUAACAGGAAAAGUAAGCGAAGCAUGUCUUUUUUUCUAGAAUUUUUGUAGGGAAUAAAAUAUCUGCUUAAUAUCUCUCAAGUGAGGGAAACCACAGCAGAAAUCCUUUGGUGCAUUUUAGUAUCUGGCAGAAUUAUUGCCUGUUCCCCAGAAUUAAAAAAAAAAAAGGGCAUCUUACAAAUAUUGUGCAUUGUAUGAAAUGUGAAAUUAAAGCACAAACUGGAGAUUUUUUAGUUGUAUUUUUUAUUUGAAAUGUUUUGUUGAUUAUGAAAUAAAGCUAAGCUGAUUUUAAUUUUGA